CAACGUUUUUCCGGCCAGGUGGCAACGAUCUGUGGCAACAGCUGUGAAAACGACUUUUGGACUUUCUGCGAUUCUUCGGAAGUUAAAACGUUAAAUUAAUUCAACAUGUUUGCCAGCAAUACGCGUAAUCUAGUGCGCAGCAGCAUUUUGCAGCGUUGCAAGAGCACAUUGGUGUUGGCGGAGCACAACAAUGAGACACUUAACCCGCUCACACUGAACACCAUCUCGGCGGCCAAGAAGAUCGGCGGUGACGUCACAGUUCUUGUCGCAGGCACAAAAUGUGGACCCGCAUCGGAGGCUGUGGCCAAGGUCGAGGGUGUCACCAAGGUCUUGGUGGCUGAGAAUGCCGCCUUCAAAGGAUUCACCGCGGAAUCCCUGACGCCUUUGGUGCUGGCCGCCCAAUCGCAGUUCAAGUUCACUCACAUUUUGGCAGGUGCUUCGGCAUUUGGCAAGAAUGUGUUGCCACGCGUAGCCGGCAAGUUGGAUGUGUCGCCGAUAUCCGAGAUCAUUGAUGUCAAGUCGGAGGACACAUUUGUGCGCACCAUUUAUGCGGGCAAUGCGAUACUCACUUUCAAGUCCAAGGAUCCGGUCAAGGUCAUUACAGUGCGUGGAACGAAUUUCCCACCAGCUGCCAGCAGCGGCGGCAGCGGUGCCAUUGAACAGGCUCCGGCUGGAGAUUACGCCAGCAGCCUGACCGAAUUCGUAUCCCAGGAGCUGACUAAGUCGGAUCGUCCUGAACUGACGGGCGCCAAGGUCAUCAUCUCCGGCGGACGUGGCCUCAAGUCCGGCGAUAACUUUAAGCUCCUCUACGAUCUGGCUGACAAGUUCAACGGCGCUGUUGGCGCCUCUCGUGCCGCUGUCGAUGCUGGAUUUGUGCCCAACGAUCUGCAAAUUGGUCAGACGGGCAAAAUUGUGGCACCCGAGCUGUACAUCGCCGUGGGCAUUUCCGGUGCCAUUCAGCACUUGGCCGGCAUGAAGGACUCCAAAACGAUUGUGGCCAUCAACAAGGAUCCGGAGGCACCUAUUUUCCAGGUGGCUGACAUCGGCUUAGUCGCUGAUCUGUUUAAGGCAGUUCCCGAGCUGACAGGCAAAUUGUAAUUGCAAGUCCUUGCGAUGUAUAGUAGUUGUAUAAAGCUGAUUGAUUCUAUCAACUCGAUGAAUUAAAUUGUUGCAUUUAUUUGAAAUUAUAUAUAGUCCCUUUUUUAGCAAUCGCUCGCCGGCUGCUCGCAAUCAAUCAUUAAUAUUGUUUUGCCUUUUCUUUUUUUAAUUGUAAUAAAAUCUAAGCUGUAUGUCUCAA